GAUGAAGGCAGCCCCAGCGCCUGAUAGCAAGCAGAGAACUGAAGGCUUCUGAUUAUCCGUGGCGCCACUAUUCAGCGUGAGAACGGGCGCUGAUCUUCGGGAGAUAAUCAUGGUGGUCUCGAAGGAGCAAGCGCUGGCAGAAGACGAGGAGCCACGCUUGUACACGAAUCGGCUGCGAGGGCAGACAGUGUCGGUGCCAGAUGGUGACGCUGUGCUCGAUGUGACUUUCGGGCACCCGCGGUGUCAAGUCACAGAUAGUGGCGUGAAUGACCCAGAGUUGAGUUUGUCCCUGUCCGACCUUCGUCCCCGCGGUGACGGCGUAGAGUUGAUGAAUAUUCUAGUAAGCAGCUGGACCGGCCCCGAUAGUCUUGAGUUACUGCAGGCAAUCGGAGCCCAUGACGGACAGAUGAUGUGCGUGCCGACGACUCUGCUUUACGGGUAGUUUAUCACUAGUAUCCCAUAUGGACUACACUGGGCGAAGGGCUGCCUGAUCUGAAGGGGAAGAAGAAGGGGAAAGAGGGCCGCCAGAUUGUUGCGAGUUUAUUUGUGAACCGAAAGAAUACGAUCGAAAUCCAAAGGGCCAAGAAGUGGGGAAGUUGGUGGCGUUGGAGAAAUCUAGCGGCGUCGAAGGUCAUGCGCUGAGAUCCGUCCCGACCAUUUUGCGAGUUUUGUGAUGCUCUUCACGUUUCUGGGAAUGUAAGCACGCCAAGGCAGAACGGCCAAGAAAGUGCGGGCAAGAUGGUGGGCAACGUCGUGGCCACACUCAUACCGCGGAAGUCCUCCGCCUUGUAGGCCUUGGGUCAACCGAUGCAAUGCGUGCAAUAAGUCCCGCGCUUUGUGCUCCCUCUGGUGUAACUGACAAAGCAAGUAACAACGAGAGCCGGCCGCUGCGCUUGUUCAGCCAAACAGUCCAGGGGAUCAAUCAGAGACGAGCAAACCAGCGCGGCCCCCGGUUUUCCCGUUUGGUUCCUUUCGUCUCUUAUAUUUCUAUACAGCUCCCUUAAUUUUUACACAGAUCGGCCAGGGGUAUGAAGAAGCUGCCCCUAAUUGUUUCUGACACCACCAACAUCGGAAGCAGAUGCAGACUUGAUACAGUCGUUGACUGAUGAGGAUUUUCGGAAGUUACUUCGCGUCUUCUAUCCUGGAGUAGACCACUCGCACACGGAAGAGGAAGGCGACGUAGAUGAGUUCUUAAGACAUUGUAGCCAAGGAAAAGCAUCCAUCUUGGAACGCAGCGUCAUCUUUUUGGGGCUGCUCCGUGUACUACGGGAAGACAAGAGCAGCUUCAGAAAGAAUUUUGAACUUUGACUAUAAAGAUGGGUAUCUAUAAUUUGAUUUCUGAACAACUUUGAGGACUUCUAAAAAAUGUUGAAGCAGAGAUCGAAGCAGGUCGACGUCCAGAGCCAGUGUGGAGCGCGCGGCGCCGAUGGGAUUUUACAGGACAUCACACGAAGAUUUUGGCUUUCCACUACUACAUGACACCGGAAAAGCAUGGAAACAGCACAGUCCCAACCGAAUGGGUGCGUCUUGUUAUCACCUCCGCCAACUUUAACACCGAGCACUGGCACUACUCGAGCGAAAAUGUGUGGGUGCGCGACAUCCCGCUUGCAACUGCACCGAGCUUACGCAAUACGCUAUGCCACAGCUUUGGGAGCUCGUUCGCGCGUCUCUUCGUGGACCUCCUUCCCCAAGCGUCGUUCGCUUCUGGUCGUCGAGUCGUAGCUGAGGACUGGCUGGAGAUUUUCUUUCGUGCUAGGUGGUCUGCUGGAGUAGCGGAAAACGAAAGAUGCGUUGUGAGUCUCCCAGGCUUUUUUCCGUCUGAGCUCCACUCGUCGCACUCUGUGGAGAGCCUACUUGUUGGCCUGACAGAAGAGCACAUGGUCGUGGAGAAAGACAUCAGUGCUGAGAUUAUUUCUGUUGAGAAGCUUCAAGAGGAGUCUUCAAAGACCUUUCGGCACCGUAAAAAGCAAUAUACACUGGUACUGGGUUUUGAGGAGAGGAAGCUCUCUAUUCUUAAGGACGUGCUCGCGCUGGCCGAAGUGAACGAGGCACCCUGCGUUGUCGAUUAUCCGCGUUUAACACUGAGGCGCAGUGCUGCUGGCUCUGACGUGCCCACCUUCAUUGAAUGUGAGCUGAAAAUAAGAGAACUCGAUGAAGACCACGAUUUCGACGUUCAGGUUGCUGCGCGCGUAGCGUCCCUUAUACGUAUACCUCGAGGGCGCGAAUGCGUGCAAUCCCGGAGUGACCUGCCUCCUGUCAUGGUUGUCACUGGCAGCGUUCAAACGCGCGCAUAUACGAAGUGGAGCUGUCUCGAUUGCAAGGAAGAGCCGGUGAUCCUGGUCACCGAUCACCUGCAUGGAGACCCUGCUCAUUGGAAGGCAUCGCAGUUCGCAACUCAUGUAAAUGUUAAGGCUACCGCAGAAGCAUCCUCAGCAUCACCCUUGGCGCUUUUUCAAGGGGAAAAAGAAGCCAAGGAUGUUCUCAGGGACGGUAGCUCUAAGAAUGAUAUCGACUUUGCUCGCUUUGCGCCGAAUGAGCGGCUAUACGAACGCCAUCUCGUUCGAGGUCAUCAAAAGAUACUGUUUCAGGGAAGUGCAGGCCGUGGUGGCUGGCUCUACGCUGGGUCUCACAAUUACACCGAAUUUGCAUGGGGUUGGGAGAGCCUAUAUUCUACCAAGGUGAGCCAAACGCAUCUGCCUGACAUGAUCACAAAGUCGAUAACUACAAGCACUACGUGUGACUAUGACAGCGCAGCAGAACUUGACGACGCGACUGGCCAUGAUAGUAAAAACAACAAAAUAUUAGAACAACAACAACAACAACAAGAGGAACAGCAAGAAGAAGAUCAUGGUUAUUGGCAACGCGAGAUCUGGACGAACAUUGACACUCGUGAAAUCGGUGUGAUCACCGACUUCUUACCAAACGAAGAUGUAGCACCUUUCGAUCCGCUAUACUUUCGCUCAGAGUGGAACCAGAGACACGGGAAUGCCACACGCAGUCUGGCGUCGAUUGCACGCGUCUGCAGCCCUCCGGAACGCUUUUCUACUACUGCUGUCACAGAACUGAAGGACAAAGUAGACGCGUGCAAAAUGCGAAUGUUUCUGAGUCCCCAAAUGCGUGCCGUUGCCGGGAGACUACGCUAUCGUGAUGUGCGCAAGUUCCUUCCAUUUGAGCCCAAAAUCGUUGAGCCCUUGGAGCUGAAGGACUAGUUCCUAUCUACAAAACGGAAAGAACGUCGGCUCCCCAAGAUAAAGUCGUGAACCGUUUUCAUGGUAGUCUUUAACGACUGUUGUAACAACACGACCCCCAACCCCAUUCCAUUAUCCUUUUGAACCUGCACCAAAAGACACCUUGCUACACAUGUAUUUCAAUUUUUCUCUUGUUGGUCGGUUGAACAAAAGCAAGAGAGCAGCAAAUUGAUUCAAUGCAGAUCGGCGAUCCGAUAUCCACUUAUUUACCUUCAACAAGUGAGGAUUUUUCUUCUGUG